AUGGCGAAGGGAGGGAAGAAACCCAAAGCGUACAAACCGCCUCAAGAGAAAUUCGUGGUCGUGGUUAACCCUUGGGGCUACGCUGACAAUGUUCAAGUCGCGGUUAACCAGAUCACCGCUUGGUUCGAGGUCAUGCUCGAUAACAGGCACCCACAGACCAGGCCUCACUGCAUUUACUAUCAGAAAACGCAUCGUAAUGUCAUAGUAGAGCUGCCGCCCACCGUCCAGAUCGAAUACAUCCUCGGUACACACCGAUAUGCCCGUUUCUUGGACAGGGGUAUCCAUGUAGGACCCGACCAAGCUGCCCAUAUCUACGAAUACAACUAUCGGAGGUUCAACCACCCUGAACGGACAAAUUGGUCUGCAGGAUACCCGUCGUACUCGCGAAGACCACCGAAUUUUCCAAUACGGACGCCGUAUCCUCCGCCAGAGCUUGCGCCACCGCCUCCGGGGCAUAUUCAUUAUGCCAUUCCACCUGUGUUUCCUCCUUUGCCUCUGUUUGAGCCUGCGGAACCUCAAGCAUCUACGUCGUCAAAACCCUCGCCCCCAAAACCUCCAAGUCCUGCCCCAAGAACCGCAUCGCCGCCUCCCGCCAAUGCAGUCCAUUCUCUUUUCAAGCCCUACGAACCCCCAGGUCAUUAUCGCCGUCCUUCAACACCACCCCCAUCACCACCGCAACCGUCUAUCGUCACUGAAAGCUCCACCAGCGACAAUGCCCAACCAUCAGCAGUCACGGAUAAGCUCAAAAAAUUCGAUCCAUUCGAGGAAGAGGAGGCAGCUCUGCGUUUCUUACGGUCGGAAACACUUGAUACCAAACCGCCCAGCGAGCUGGAAGCAUCCACACCCAAUGUGAUGAAGAAAGAGCCGACUCCUGAUUACGACGUGAAGCCCAAGAUUGAACCCUCGGACUCUUUCGACGCCGCAACCGACUUUCUCAACUCGAUCAUCCCGCCUCAGCCCACCGUCAAGCAGGAACCUGGCGUACAACCAGAUGCACUUCAGCCGGCACCACCUCCUACCCCCACCCCCCGCCAACCAACCAUCAAGCAGGAGCCUGAACCAGAUCCACCCCAUCCGGGUCCAUCCUGCAGUCAAACAAUGCAGUCAGAGGACGACGACAACGACGACGACGACGACUACGUCCCGAGUGCUGCACUGGUUGCAGCCUUUGAAGCCAUGGCCUCUGCUAAUCGGUUCGGACCCCCGUCUCAAAUUCAAGCUGCCCCCGUACGAGUCAAGGAGGAGCCUAGGGACGACACUGGCCUGUCCCAAACGCCUUACAAUCCACCAAAAGUAAAGCAGGAGCCUGGAGAGGGUGAUUUAGGGAGUGUGUUGGGACCACAAGAUAGGGCGAGGUCGACUACUCUGGGCAGGUUUACGGUGACUCCUGGCCCCCGCCAGCCACCUCCAGAAACACCUCGUAUAAAGCAGGAAUAUCCUGAACCAGAGAUACGCAGUCGAACAGUUGCGGUGAAACCAGAACCCAUGGACGACGAUCGACAUAUGCUUGGAGGGUGGAACCCCACGAGCUCGCAAUCCGGCGGAGCGAAAAAGCGGUUGUCGAGCUCGGACAGGGAUGUUGGGGGACUGGGCCAACUGAAAUUCAAGAAAGUGAAGCGGGAAGAGGUUUGGUGA